AGUGUGCCAAAUGUGAUCUUCGAUCAUCCUACUGUAAGAUUUGGGAAGAUGGUGCGAAGAGUUGCGCAUGUCGUGAAGGUUUCGUGCAGUUACCAAAUGGGACAUGCCAGAGUAAUUUCUGGGCUUCCACUCGCUAAGGCAAGCGACGACCCGUCCGAGGAGCCGUUUUGCGUCUUAGGGCAAGCAGAAAAGGCGGCAACAAGGAUCCUAACUGAGCUGCUGUCCAAAUAUGAUCGUAAUCUGGUGCCAAAGAUGAAAGGGGUUGAUGUGGACGUCGAACUGUUGAUCCAACGAGUCUCGGAAAUUUCGGAAAUUCAGUCGGCGUCCACAAUGCAUAUCCUGUUCAGUCAAAUUUGGCACGAUCCUGGCUUAUCAUUUGAGCACGAAGAAGGUGCCCACUGCCUUACUAACCUCUCCCUUUCUCAUCGAAUGGUUGACAAUAUAUGGUUGCCUAAUGUCUGUAUAGUAAACAGUAAGGGCUUUUGA